CGUGAAGCAGUUGCCAAACACUGACAUCGUGUGACUGCACGUUGAUGCACGUGCUGCUGUGUGCGUGGUGCUACAAGCAGGAAGGAAGCUGGGACACAAGGGUUUAAGUGGGGGAGCGGCCUGUGGAGGUUCUGUUCACUUUGUGCUUCACUCCCGUCUGUGACACUCGUCACCCUCUGUCGUCGUCACAUCAUGACACUUCUCGUCUCUAGACUCGCAUUCGUCGUCGUCAUCAUCAUCGCUCUGGACAUUCACGCGCAAGAUGACUUUCUCCGAGAAGGACCUGUCCAGGACGCCCGCCAGGUGACGUGUCAACACCCGCCUACUGGCCUGGUGGUACUGAGACUUCAAGAGCUGGGUGACGUCACACGGACGGCGGUGGUCAACCUGCUGGACAAGACCUGUAGUGGCAACAUCACAUUCCACGCCUGUAACAUCAGUGCUGCCAGCGUGCAGGUCGUCAUCACAGACCUACAGGACGGCGACCUCCGCACCUUCACCUGUGUCGCCACCACACUUACAGGUGGUCACACCCACACUGACGUCAUCGCCGUGGUGAAUGUCACAAAGACAGGGGAGACCACCACAGUAGACAUCACUACUCGAGGUAACAUCAACGACAGCGAUGUACACUCACAGACCAGCGUGCACCAGGAGCAGUGCGCUCGUGAGAGGACUCCUACCUUGAUCGUUUUGAUUAUUCUUCUUUUGAUCUUUGGAGUGAUCACCUUCGUCUUGUUUGUUGUUUACAUCAGAGCCCGCAAUAGAAUCCCUCCAGGAACUGUAUCCGGUCUGGACACUAGCGAGGUCAAAGUUCAAAAGGUCAGGAUGACGAAUGAGUACCAGUCUUCCCGCCUUCCUCCCCCAGCGGGUCAGGCGCCGGACGCCCCCGGGAGGGGGUUGGUGAUGCAGUACCAGAAGCCAGUGCCCCUGUCGUCUGGCGGCACCCUGGUCCCAGCCACAGAUAAUGAAGGUCAAGGGUUACUGCAAUACCAGGAGCCCUGGGGUCAACUGGACGAUGAGAUUUCCGAGAAGCUGGCCACCUUCCGCCCCAACCCCCGCAUGUGUCUCGUGCCCGGCUUCCAGAGACCUGCUGACGUCAGCGAGAAGCUACCUGACGAGAAGGACGAUAACGAAUAACGCCCCGCUACCGACUGACGUCACCGAGGAAUUCCUCGACGGUAAAGAAGAUGGGAGUGACGUCACUGACCAAAGAACGGUUAAAUGAAAGUCUCUCGCAAACUGUCAUGAGCACAUCGCUACACCUGAGUCUAGCUCACCUGCUCAGUCAUCGCCGUUACAUUAAAUAUGGUGGGAGGGGGUCGAGUCAGAGCAGACGAUCUUUACAAUAACAGUCACGUGCCUUGUGGGGUAGUGGUAGUGGGAUAGUGGUGGUGGGGUAGUGGUGGUGGGGUAGUGGUAGUGGGGUAGUAGUAAGCCUGCUUGUAGUAAACACGCUGUACACAGUGGAGAACAUGAGUCGAGAGGACCUGGCAUGGACUGUUAAUGUCAGCCAGUCAUCAGCCAGUCAUCAGCCAGUCGUCAGCCAGUCAUCAGCCAGUCAUUUGACAGUCAUCAGCCAGUCAUCUGACACUCAUUCGUCCAGUCGAAGGUCGAACCCAUGGAUUCACGUGACAGGUGACAAGGCCCGCAACUCUCGCCUGUCUGUAGGUGCUAGUCAGCAGGUGUUGCCCAGGACGACCACUCCACUCACUGACGAUCCUCAGCCAGUUUCUUCUUGUCUGACAUCGCAGCGUCCCUCACCAUCCAAGGAGCCCUGUCCGACAGUCGUGUGUAGAGUGUUGUGUGGGUCACGUGACCAGCUGACGUGGCUGGACUGUUGCAGGUAGAGCUGCUGGUGUCCGUGGCUCUGUAUUCUCUGUGUGAGGCCCUCAGCAGCCUCCUCAGCCAGUUGCUGUCCAGUGGCUGGACUGUCCUCCCCUCACUGGCUGAGUGCACUCAGUAGGGUUGACAGUGCACGUGACUUGUACACACUGUCAUAAGCCUGAGGGCUUGGCUGUGACCCGGGGUAGUGUAGCCUCAUCAUCACUGCUCUUACUGUUGCCAUGCUGAUGCUGAUUGCUGCCGCGGGAGGAGAGGGGGGCUGGCAAGUACUGAGUACUAGUACUGGGGGGUGAACUCUGGUCACUGGAUGUGUACUUGUGUUCAUUAUUUUCUCUUGUCAGUCCUACUCGCCAUUUGACAUUCUCUCAAUGACAGUUUGUCUCCAAUGUUUGUCAGGGUAACAACAAAAUGGUUUGGAAAAGUAAUAUCGCCAUCAUCA